CAGCGGGGUACUGUACACGCGGCUGGGCUGCCGGCAGGUUCGCGUUGCUGUAGCUGCCAGUCGGCCUCGCACAGUGGGUUGCAAGGAGGCGUCAGGGGCCAUACUGUCCAGUGAAGAGGCUGUGCUGCUAGAUUUAAACAGUCUCAAGCUAUUGCUGUGAUUGAUCUUCCAUUUUCUGGCCUGAAAGACAUUCAGGGAAAGAGGAAGAGAUGGCAGUUUCUUGGGGCUCAGUGACCUAUCAAGAUGUAACUGUGAUAUUCACUCAAGAGGAGUGGGCACUGUUGAAUCCUUCAGAGAAGAAACUCUACAGAGAUGUGAUGUGUGAAAACUUGAGAAACUUUCUUUCAAUAGGAAAGAUACAAGAACAUUCCACCAAAGCGCAGCAUAUGUUGCAUGGGAGUAAACAAAGUAAUACAACAGUAAAAAUAUCUGAGGGCAAAGAUAGUCAGAAAGGUAGAAUAUCCCAAGAAUGUGAAGUAUACAACAAAUUAUUCACUUAUUCUAUUCAUCUUCAAAAACAUGAAAGAAUUCACAGUGGAGAGAAACCUUAUGAGUGUAAACUAUGUAGGAAAACAUUCAGUUCUUCCAGUACUCUUCGGACACAUGAAAGAAUUCACAGUGGAGAGAAACCUUAUGAGUGUAAACUAUGUAAUAAAACAUUCAGUUCUUCCAGUUCUCUUCAAAACCAUAAAAGAACUCACAGUGUAGAGAAACCCUAUGAAUGUAAGCAGUGUAGUAAAACAUUCAGUUGUUCUAGUCAUCUUCAGACACAUGAAAGAAUUCACAGUGGAGAGAAACCCUAUGAAUGUAAACUAUGUAGUAAAACAUUUGGGCAAUCCAGUAUUCUUCGGAGACAUGAAAGAAUUCACAGUGGAGAGAAACCCUAUGAAUGUAAACAAUGUAGGAAAACAUUCGGGCAAUCCAGUAGUCUUCGGACACAUGAAAGAAUUCACAGUGGAGAAAAACCCUAUGAAUGUAAACAGUGUAGCAAAACAUUCAGUUGUUCUAGUAGACUUCGGAGACAUGAAAGAAUUCACAGUGGAGAGAAACCCUAUGAAUGCAAACAAUGUAGUAAAACAUUCAGUUGUUCCAGUGUUCUUCAGACACAUGCAAGAAUUCACAGUGGAGAGAAACCCUAUGAAUGUAAACUAUGUAGUAAAACAUUCAGUUGUUCCAGUCGUCUUCGGAUACACGAAAGAAUUCACAGUGGAGAGAAACCCUAUGAAUGUAAACUAUGUAGUAAAACAUUCGGGCGAUCCAGUAAUCUUCGGAAACAUGAACGAUUUCACAGUGGAGAGAAACCCUAUGAAUGCAAACAGUGUAGUAAAACAUUCAGUUCUUCCAGUUAUUUUCGGACACAUGAAAGAAUUCACAGUGGAGAGAAAGCCUAUGAAUGUAAACAAUGUAGCAAAACAUUCAGUUCUUCCAGUUAUUUUCGGACACAUGAAAGAAUUCACAGUGGAGAGAAAACCUAUGAAUGUAAACAGUGUAGUAAAACAUUCAGUUGUUCCAGUGUUCUUCGGAUACAUGAAAAAAUUCACAGUGGAGAGAAACCCUAUGAAUGUAAACAGUGUAGUAAAACAUUCAGUCGUUCCAGUGAUCUUCAGACACAUGAAAGAAUUCAUAGUGGAGAGAAACCUUAUGAAUGUAAACUAUGUAGCAAAACAUUCAGUUCUUCCAGUACUCUUCGAACACAUGAAAGAUCUCACAGUGGAGAGAAACCCUAUGAAUGUAAACUGUGUAGUAAAACAUUCUGUUGUUCCAGUGUUCUUCGGAUACAUGAAAGAAUUCACAGUGGAGAGAAACCUUAUGAAUGUAAACUAUGUAUUAAAACAUUCAGUUGUUCCAGUCAUCUUCGGACACAUGAGAGAAUUCACAGUGGUGAGAAACCCUAUAAAUGUAAACUAUGUAGUAAAACAUUCAGUCAUUCCAGUAGUCUUCGGACACAUGAAAGAAUUCACAGUGGAGAGAAACCCUAUAAAUGCAAACUAUGUAGUAAAACAUUCAGUUGUUCCAGUAGUCUUCGAAAACAUGAAAGAAUUCACAGUGGAGAGAAACACUAUGAAUGUAAACUAUGUAGUAAAACAUUCAGUUCUUCCAGUUAUCUUCGGACACAUGAAAGAAUUCACAGUGGAGAGAAACCCUAUGAAUGUAAACUAUGUAGUAAAACAUUCAGUUGUUCUAGUAAUCUUCGGACACAUGAAAAAAUUCACAAUGGGGAUAAACCCUAUGAAUGUAAACAAUGAAGUAAAGCACUCAUGGUUUUUCGAUCUCUUCAGUUACAUGAAAGAACUCAAAAGUGGAGAGAAAGAAACCUCAUGAAUGUAACCAUGUAGUCUAACAUUCAUUUAAGACAGUUUUCUUUAGAGACUUGAAAGAUCUUAUAGUGGAGAGAUAUCCAAUGAAUGUAAACAGCAAAACAUUGAUUCAAUCCUGGCAUCUUUGUCAACAUGAAAUAACUCAAAAUGGAGAGAAAUUUGAUGAAUAUAAGCAUUGUUGAAAACAUCCCAUUAUUCUGGUCCUCUUUGUAGAUAUGAAAGAAUUCACAGUGAAGCAAAACCCUAUGAAAGUAAUAAAGUUUUAAAUGUUCCACUAAUUUUUAAAUACAUGAAAAUAUUCACAAUGGAAAUCAAUCUUUUGAGCAUAAGCUGUACUAAGAUUAGAGAGUGCAACCUGAGACAUGAUGCAGAGGCUAGUGGUUCAAUAUCAUAGUUCUCUGGUAUGAGCUGCACUCCAUGGGUAGAGUUAAGUUCUGUUUUAUUGUCUCUCUAUCUUGUGAUAAUAUAUAAGUAAAUAUAUCUAAAUAAUUGUAGGGAUCACAGUUCCAUGAUACACAAAUGAACGCAUAUGUCUGAAUAUUCUAUAAAUGUAAGGAAAAUGAGUAACUACUUUGAUUCUUUGUCUUCUAAUAUAUAAAAAAAUCCACUUGGUACUGAGAACUUACUGAUGUCAGCAGUGCUUAGAUGUAUUCAAAUCGAUAACGGUUUUUGCACAUAUAAAAUCAUUGGAAUUAGAAAAACAAUUCUUGCCCUGGGAGUCAGGUGGUAGCUCAGCGGGUUAAGCGCAUGUGGUGCAAAGCACAAGAACUGGCAUGAGGACCCCGGUUUGAGCCCGCAGCUCCCCACCUGCAGGGGAGUCGCUUCACAGGUGGUGAAGCAGGUCUGCAGGUGUCUGUCUUCCUCUCCCCCUCUGUCUUCCCCCUCUCCAUUUCUCUCUGUCCUAUCCAACAACAACUACAAAAAAAAAAAAAAAGGGCAUCAAAAGUGAAUAAAUAACUAGAUAAAUAAUUUUAAAAAAAGAAAAAUUCUUGGGAGUCAGCCAUUAGCACAAUGGGUUAAGUGCACGUGCCAUCAAGCCUAAGGAUUUGCAUAAGGAUCCUGGUCGAGCCUGUUAUUAUAUAGUAAGGUGAUGUCAUGACUGGAAAAGAACAGAAAGCUGGUUCAGGGAAGAGAGUAUCUCCCUCAUAUGGAAAGAGGUAUAAAUAUUGUUGACUGUAAAUCCCAUGUGUAGGCCCAUCAUGUCUGGAAUCUCAGGACUCCCUGAAUCUCAGGACUCCUCAGGUCCCCCAGCUGAUGGAAUGGCUUGAAAGUGACUAAAGAGUCAUUGUUAAAGUAUGCCUGUUUCUUGCCCUUAUUUACCUUUUGCAGUCCUUGGUUUGAUAAGGUUAUCUUUGUGUUGGUAUGCUUCUAAGACCCCUUCUGUUUCAUUGAUUUAAUCCCCCCUGCUUAACACUAUAUUCUACUUACAUAACCACUGUUAACUAAGCACUACCCUGCC